AUGUCAGAUGAACAAACCUCUAUUUGUAACACUGAUGAAAUAGUGAAUUGUCCUAAUGAAGUAGAAAGAAACCAUGAUCAACACUAUCCAAUAAAAGAUGAUUCUAUACAAUCAGAAGAAAUAAUAGUAAAUAAUAGUGAACUAGAUAAACAAGAAGAGAAUCAAAAUGAAGCUGUUGUAAUUAAAGAAAAUGAUCAGUGUAAAACAGAUGUUAGUUCAUCAAUGGAAAUAUUGAAAAGUCGAGAAAAUGAAGGUGACGAUGAAGCAAAAGAGGAAGAAGAAGAAGAAGAAGAAAAAGACAAACAUACAAAAUUAAAAGAAAUUUCAGACAAAGAAGAUGAUUCAGAAAAACCAUCAACUUUUGAAAUCAUUGACAAAAAUCUAGAACAAUCUGAAACAACCGAGAAUUCAUCAGGCGAGAAAGACAAAGAACACAAGAAAAAAGUCAAUCUAGUCAAAUGGUUAAAGAAAAAUGUACAUAUUCAUUUACCAAAGCAUCACUCCUUUAAAAAGGAAAAGCCCGUUAUGGAAUAUAAGACUGAAUGUAUCAAUUCAAAUGAAGAAUCAAUGUCUGAUAAACAAAUUAAUCAUAAUUCAUCUGAAGAAGUAAAAACUAUUGAACAUACUGAGAAUGAGCAAAAUGUAACAACUGAAGAGACACAUGAAACUACCGAAUUAUUACAAUCCACAAUUGAGAAUACAACAGCAGACCAUUCCUUAGUCACAUCUACAACAAUAAGCAAUGCACAAUUAUAGUUGACUUAUUUCUUUGUAUGUGUGUAGUUAAUUUGUCAGUUUUUCAAUCUGUUAAAAAACAUGUAAUAAUUUUUCUUUCUCU